AUGUUUACAUCUCCAGGUCAAAUGCGAUCGCGUAUACCCAUGCACACACUGCAUCAAGACCAAGGUGCAAUGCAAUUUCCCUUCAGGUCAAAAGCCAAGGGCAAAACGCCAACGCGUUCUGAUAUCCAGCAUCUAGUGAGUCCAUCUGGACGGCUCUCUCUAACUGAGCUGACCACGUCAACAUUCGACAGCGAGAACAAGAUUGACCGCAUCGUCAACAGAAUUGAGGAACUCAACCAAACCAUUCAGCAAUUGAGUCUCAAUCAGUCUGGCCCCAAGUACCAUGGCACUGCACUUAAUCCGCAGACAUCUCAAACAGCCUUCCGUCCGACGCCUGCAGCUUCAGAGCCAACCCCGUCCAACCUCAGCCUUGUCGGUGAAUCCCCUUCGUAUUCUUCCAAGCCAGAGUAUGAGGGCGAGUCUUCACUGUUUGCUCACGCCGUCUUUGCGACAAAGUUCCUCCAAAACUCGGUCAGAAACAACUCGUCGUCCGAAGUUGCGCUCGAGAUGGCUUCGGUUCUCAACGCCCUCAGGGGUGUCAUAGACGCCCAGAAGCAGGAGUCUGAUACUGUCGAGAACCUUUAUCCAAAUGCUUUGCCGCUUCCUCCAGGGACUAGUCUUCGUAAACUUCCCAUGCCUUCCACCGAAAAGGCGAUGGCGUGUCUCCGGAUGGCUCAAGGUAGGUUUGUGCUAAACAACAAGUCCCAGACAACUGACACUUCCAAAGAUAGUCCCCUGAUCCAAAUCCUCUGGCUCAUGGAUCUUCAAACGAUACCCGAGUUCACCACUCGUUUCAUCAAAGUAUGCACUCCAGGGCCGGUCACAGAGGCAGAUCUCAUCAUCUUCUACCUGGGUCUGUAUUGGCUCUUUUGCGAGUGCACCAAUGUAGUGGAAGAUGAGAGCCUCAAGAAAGAAUACACUGAGCAGUCCAUCAUAUGCCGAGAUAGUCUCGAGACAGUUCUCUCUAGGCUUCCAUUUCAUAUGCCUGCAACGCUAGAGCACGUAUUAGCCUUGUGCAUGGCGUCAUUGUACUGCCUCCAAAGGUGUAAACCAUCAGCGGCAUGGAAUUUCAUCUGCGCAGCCUCUAACCUCAGCCAGUCCCUCGGUCUUCAUAGUAGCGUCAUGCUGGACCAAGAAACGACAGAGUCAAAGAACCAAAAGACCCGGCUCUUCUGGUGCAUCUAUACGACCGAGAAGAUGCUGGCCCUCCGCAUUGGCCGCUCCUCCACCAUCCGAGAAAACGACAUUACCGUCCCGAGUUUGACCCCUGAGGUGUUGAACGACCCCUUCUUCAACCACAGUUUCUUCAGCCAGGCCUUUCCCGUCUGGAUCGGAAUGUCAACCCUACAAGGUCGGGUUUACGAUGAGAUUUAUAGCCCGGCUUCUCUUGCACAGCCGGCAAGCGUUCGCACCGCACGAGCGAGAGCCUUGGCCGACGAGACCAAAAGGUUGAUGGCGGUUGAAGACGACCUACAAAUCAAAUGUGAAGAUCAAGUAUCACGUAAACUUGGCAAUGUCUUGAGCCAGCUUUGCUUUCGCAGCGAGCGGGUUACUAGUCUCUCAAUGCUCACCCUUAUCUACCGCAGCAUCCCCCCUGAUAAGCCCGGUGCUUCGGUGUUUUGCGACGAAUGCAUCGCCACAGCCAGACAAGCAGUCAAGGAGCACGAGAAGAGUGUUGAAAUCUUUACCAGCACGGAGAACCAGUCAAACUAUUUCUUGCUAUAUGUCAACUGGACACUUCUCCAAUCCCCCUUCAUCCCCUUCAUCGUCUUGUUCUGUCACAUGAUAGAGACGUCUGAUCCAUCCGAUCUGCCCUGUCUGCGAGACCUAGUCCACACACUUGAGACGGUGACAGAACCAUCUCAGUAUUCCAUGUGCCAGAAGCAGCUGAGCAUAUUCAAAGCUCUCUACGACGUCGCAGUCAAAUAUUUCAACAUCAGAGCCGCUGCGACACCAGAGGCCAUGCUUGAUACGAGAGGAACAGGGUCAGCCGGUUAUUGCACGCCAAACCCAAAAUUGCCGUCAUCCGUACCACAGAUGGGGGCAAGCAAUCAGAAUGUGGCAAGUUUAUCAGGUAUGCUGCCUUUUUCAAGCAGUGGACAGCCUGUUGAUAUGGCGCAAGGUCAAAUGCCCAUGUAUGAGUCAAGGACCAACCAGUUUGAGCCGGGAGAGUUCGACAUGGGGAUAGAUCAAUCCAGUGCAGAGUUGGCGACGUGGUUCUAUGCCAACCACCACAUGAUGAGGAUGCUAGAGGAUACAUAA